AUGUCAUCAUCAACAGUUGCUGGAUCAACCCCUGGACGGCCUCGGACUUCAUCCUCAGUAACUUUACCACCAGAUAUAGCCACUAUUUCAGCCACUGACUCCAAUAUGACAACAUCUUCUAACAUUAUAGGUGGUGCUACGUCGACUAUGGGAGCUUUAGGUAUUAAUCAAGAUAUACCUCCAGAUAUGGCAGUUUUAUUACAAAAUUUGGAAGAUGAUUUCACCGUCCACAAAACCAUUGAUCAAUGGACUUAUAUUAAUCGUAGAGAAGAAAUUAUUCAAUCAAUCAAUAAAUUACAUCAAAGUCAAUGGGAAAAUGAUAUUAAGUUAGAUCCCGAAAGUUUGGAGAAACCUUUAUUCCCAAGAUUAGCCAACAUUAACGAUCAGAAGAUAUCUUUGACGAAGAUUUUGGAGAACAGAGCCACCAAUUAUAAGAACGAACAAGCAUUGGUGGUAUUGGAUGGUAAAGGGAAAGAAGUAUCAUCAAUAUCUUGGGAUAAAUUAUACUUGAAAGCCGUUAAAGUGGCUUAUGAGAUCAAACAUAAGAUGGCAUUAAAGAACAGUGAUAUAGUGAUUUUAUUAUAUAAGGAAGGAGAAGUAGCAGAAUUCACUAUAGCGUUAUUUGGAUGUUUUAUGGCAGGAGUUACUGCCGUACCUAUUCAUCAAGAUGUUUCAUUGAAUGAAGUUCUAGAUAUCAUCAACUUAACCCAAUCGAAAUUGGUUUUGUACUCCGAAUCCAUUGCUAAGGAUUUGGAAAGAUUAAAUGCUCAAGGAUCAAGAAUAGCUUGGCCAUCAAAAUUGGCUCGAUGGAGAACUACUGAUUUCGGUUCAGCUAGAAAGUCAGAAUUAUCUUCAUGGACUUCUAAACAUAAUCAACAACAACAACAAGAAGCUAAAACUAAAGCUGAUUUGGCUUAUGUGGAGUUUUCUCGAUCUCCAGUAGGAGAAUUAAGAGGUAUAGCUUUAAGUCAUCGAACUAUUUCUCAUCAAAUGUCAACCCUUUCAUUAUCAUUACUGAGUUCACCUAAUUCCGAUGGGAUUGUAAGGAAUUCUACCGAAUAUAGACGGAAUAGGAAAGUGUUUAUGGCUACGUUAGAUAUCAGAUUUUCCAUCGGAUUAAUUCUUGGGAUCUUAUUUGCAGUUUAUUCCGGUAAUAUAUUGAUUUGGGCACCACAGAAAGUUAUGGAGAUUCAAGGACUUUACGCCAAUAUAAUUUCCAGGUUUAAAGCUUCUUUACUUUUGACUGAUUAUAUUGGGUUAAAAAGAGUUACUUAUGAUUAUCAACAAUCUCCCAAUGCCACCAGAUAUUUCUCCAAAACUCAGAAAGUUGAUUUCUCUUCAGUUAAAUGGGUAUUGGUAAACUCUCUCACGAUUGAUGGGGAGUUUAUGGAAGUGUUGGCUAAUAGAUAUUUAAGACCUUUAGGUUGUGGACAACCUGAAAAUGCCAUUAUUCCUAUGUUAACUUUGAGUGAAUAUGGUGGGAUGGUGAUGUCAAUGAGAGAUUGGUUAGAUAAUGAUAAGGAAGAUACUAAUGGAGAGUUCUCGUCGGUGUUGAUCGAUAAGGAUGAAUUAUCAAGAAAUCGGAUCCAAAUCAUCGAAACUAAUCCUUCAGCCAAUGAUGAUUUGACUAAAGACACUUUAAGAGUUGAUGCUUUUGGGUAUCCCUUACCGGAUGCUACGUUGGCAGUGGUUAAUCCUGAACUGUCGAUAAUUGUUGGGAAAGGAGAAGCAGGAGAAAUCUGGAUCGAUUCACCUUGUUUAUCUGGAGGAUUCUAUGGAUUAUUAAAGGAAUCAAAAUCUAUCUUCCAUGCUAAAUGUAGAGAUGCUGAAGGGGUUUUGGAGAUGGAUUUCUUAAGAACCGGGUUACUUGGAUUCACCUAUAAUGGGAAAGUCUAUGUAUUAGGACUUUAUGAAGAUAGAAUUCGUCAAAGAAUCAGUUGGAUUGAUCAGAAGUUCUAUAAUAAACUUGGCAAGGAACUUGUAAUAGGUAAUGGUACUAGAUACCAUUACUCAUCACAUUUAUUGGCUACGUUGGCCAGUGAAGUCAGACAAGUGUAUGAUUGUACUAUAUUCGAUGUAUUCAUUGGUAAUGAAUAUUUACCUGUAGCUAUAGUAGAAGCAGAAGUGAUUAGGAAAGUGGUUGAUAAUGCUAAUGUCGAUGAUAGUGGUAAUGAACAGCAUUUAUAUGACCCCGUACCUUUGAAUGAACCAGUCCUCAAUUCUAUUGCUCAGAAAUGUUUCGAUACUUUAUAUAAACAUCAUUUAUUGAGAUUAUAUUGUGUUUUGGUGGUAGAUUGUGAUACUUUACCUAAGAUUAUGAGAAGUGGUGGUAGAGAAAUCGCCAAUAUGUUGUGUAAAAAAAGGUUCUUAGAAGGAAGCUUGAAAGCAGAAUAUGUUAAAUUCUUCAUUAGAAAAUCCAUUAGUAUGAUCCCUCAUGGUGAAGAUGUUAUCGGAGGUAUUUGGUCUCCUUAUGUAUCACAAUUAAGAAGUCAAGCAUUAUUAAACUUCACUCCCCAAUUAUCUACUGUCACUUAUAAAGAGAAAUCUAUCGAUGAUAGAACAGGUGCUCCAUUGACGGAUUUCAAAAGUAUCGUGGAUAUUUUGAAACUUCGAGUGGCCAAUUCGGGUGAUUCUAUAGCCUUCCAGAAUCUUGAUAACAGUGGGAAAACAAGUUCCAAAGUUCUUACAUGGAAGAAAUUUGAAUUAAGAGUUUAUGCUGUUUGUAGUUAUUUGAUCGAUAAAGCUCAAAUUAAACCCGGCAGUCACGUGAUCUUAAUGUAUUCAUUAUCAGAAGAAUUUGUUAUAACAGUGUAUGCUUGUUUAAUGUGUGGUAUUAUAGCGGUACCAAUGUUACCGUUUGAUUCUAAUCGUAUAGGAGAAGAUUUACCGGCGUUUGUCGGAGUUAUACGAGAUUUUGAUGUUGAAGAUAUUUUAGUUAAUGAAGAAGUUGAAAAAUUCUUAAAAUCAGGUCCUGUGGCUGAUAGUUUGAAGAGGUUUAACUUGAAGAAGUAUAAGAACUUAAAGAUCAAGAAUACGGCUAAGUUAACUAAAGUAUCGAAUGUCGCAUCAUUGAAUUCCAAGAUAUCCAAAUAUCAAGCAGCUGUUAACUUCAGAGAUGAUUCAACUACUGCUUUAAUAUGGCUUAAUUUCACUUCUGAUCAUUAUAGAAUAGCUGCUAAGUUGAGUCACAAAACCAUUAUUGGGAUCUGUAAGGUAUUUAAGGAAACAUGUAAUUUGACCUCAAGGUCGUCAAUUGUUGGGUGUGUGCGACAUUCUUCGGGAAUCGGAUUUAUUCAAAGUACCUUGUUAGGAGUGUUUUUGGGUACUACGACGUAUUUAUGUUCCCCUGUUAGUUAUGCAGAGAAUCCAUUAGCUUUCUUCUUAUCGUUAUCAAGAUAUAAAGUUAAAGAUGUGUUUGUUACUGAACAAAUGUUGAAAUAUGCUGCAAUCAAAUUCACUCCUAAGGGGUUCAAUCUUUCUAGUUUAAAGAAUAUGAUGAUUAGUACUGAAGGAAGAGUUGAAAUUGAUUUGUUAAGAAAGAUAGCUAAGGUUUUCCAACCAACUAAAUUAAGUGCAGCUUCAAUGUCAACUGUAUUCCAUCAUUGGUUCAACCCUAUCAUCUCAACUCGGUCAUAUAUGGCAGUAGCACCAGUAGAUUUAUACUUGGAUCCUAUAGCUUUGAGACAAGGGUUUGUAUCUAUAGUGAAUCAAGUUGAUUUCCCUAAUGCUUUACAUAUUCAAGAUUCAGGUAUGGUACCUGUUUGUUCUGAAAUAGCCAUUGUUAACCCUGAAACCUGUCUUUUAUGUAAGGAAGGAGAAUUUGGUGAAAUUUGGGUUAGUAGUGAAGCCAAUUUAACAGGUUUUACCAACGGUCCUAAAGGUCCAGUUGAUAAUUUCACUCAAAAUCAAUUCUUGGGUAAAAUCGUUGAAGGUGAUCCAAACAUUACUUACUUAAGAACAGGUGAUUUAGGUUUCUUACAUCAUAUCUCUAUCACCAAAAGUAAAUCAGAUAAAAAUGAUGGAACUCAACCCCAAAUAACUUCAUUCCAACCUUUGUUCUUAUUAGGGAAGAUAUCCGAUACUUUUGAAGUUAUGGGAUUACACCAUUUCCCUAUUGAUAUCGAAAAUACCAUUGAAUCGUGUCAUUCUGAUCUUUAUAAGAAUGGUUCUUGUGUGUUUAAAUGUGCUGAUUAUACUGUGGUCGUGUGCGAGUCCAAAAGGAAGAGAAAUUUUGCUUCUUUAGUACCAAUAAUAGUGAACACCGUCUUAAGUAAGCAUCAUCUUGUAGUUGAUGUUAUUGCAUUUAUGAAGAAGGGAGAGUUCCCAAUCUCAAGGUUAGGUACCAAACAACGAGCCAGAAUCAUUGAUGCUUGGGUUCAAGGAAUUAUUCCUAUUAGUGCAUCGUUUGGGGUUAAUUAUGGGGAAAAUAGUAUGAUCCAGUUAGUGAAAGAAAUAGAUUCUGUAGCCAGUGAUAAUCCUAUAACUGGAUUAAAGAAUCCAGCGUUGUCGUACUAUGAAACAGAUAAUAUGGAUAAUAUGUCUGAUGUAUUUGAUAACAAUCAUCUGGGAUUAAUGUUGAACGAUGAUUAUCCUGAGUCCCCCAGAGCGACAUUUCAAGUUUAG